AUGAGCGCGUUUGCUGCCCGGCAACAGCUCUGGGGAGCCCCAUCGCCAGUCGCAAAAACGCCUGUGAAUGAAAAUCCAACACCUGCCCCAAAAGAUUCCACGCCUACCCAACACCCGACCUCAACCGUGAAAGGGGUGAUUCAAUUCCUCCAUCGCCUAUUCUUUCCCCAGUGUACGCACGACACAUACGCCUCGGGUUCCAUAGACAUUCUGAGCUGUGCUAACUGUUGGCAUAGUCUUGGAACACUUAUAACCCCAGUAGUCAGAGAGAGACAGCCUCAAUACUCGUCCUUGAAGCCACACAAGAAGAACUAUCAACAGAAGCCAGAUGGUUGCGUGACGCUAAGAACGCCUGAUGGAGAGCGGUUGGUGAUACUGGGAAGCUAUGGCAUCAGAGUCCAUCAAGGCGAGGCCACCAUCGCCGGUGCUCAGUUGACACCACUGGAUCCAGUCCAAUGGGUACACGCUCCGCACUGCCAUGCUCUUCCAGUCCUCCGUACUUCUGAAGACACCGUGGUUGAGCUGCAUCCCCAUCCCGCAGCUGAUGGGUUGCGCCAGUUGGCAAAACUGAACCCUGCCUUUGGAAAACUCUGGAACGAGGUUCCCACCCAAGGGGUGCCAUCCAGGAAAGACUCGACAUUUCAAAUUGUUUACGUCCCCAAAAAGGUCGCCCUCCAAGAGCUCGUCUCCCCGCCAGAAUGGAACAAGAAACUCGCCUCCCUGAUCGCAACAAAGCGAAAAGGGGCCUCAUCCCCCAUCUUCUUCCUCUGCGGCCCCAAAUCAUCCGGGAAAUCCACCUUUGGGAAACUCCUCGCCAACCGUCUAAUCACCGACCGAGCCGGCAACAAAAACGCUCCUUGGUCACCCAUCUAUAUCUUAGACAUCGACCCAGGGCAACCCGAAUUCGGCCCCCCCGGCGUGAUCUCCCUCGUCAAACUCACCUCCCCCAACCUCCAACCCCCCUUCUGCCACCCAACCCUCGAACCAGUCACCUCGAUGAUCCGCUCCCACGCCAUCGCCGCAGUAACCCCCGCCCUCGACCCAGAGCACUUCAUCGAGUGCGUCAUGGACCUCUUUACGACCUACCAAACCCAGACCCAUCCCGGAGAAGAGAAGAAACCACCAAUGGUAGUCAACACCCCAGGCUGGAUCCAAGGUCUCGGGUUGGACAUUUUGUCUGAUCUCGUCAAGGGAAUCAAACCGACAGAGGUGGUGUACAUGUCGACCGAAGGACCAGAGGAAACCAUUUCUGGUCUUCAAGCCGCCAUCUCUUUUAUUCCCACCACCGCAUUCAGCACCCUCCCCUCGCAAAACACAACCGAAAUCCUCUCCCCCUCCCGGAUCCCGUCGUCUCUCCGUACGAUGCAGGCAAUGUCUUAUUUUCAUCUUUUGCCGUCGUUGUCAACUUGGAAUUCAACACCGCUGUCACAUGUUCCCCCUUGGAGGGUGAGGUAUACGGGUCCUGACAGGGGUUUCAGGGGUAUCCUCUGCUACGACUACCAACCUUCACCGAGAAUCUUGGCAGAGGCAAUCAACGGGAUGGUUUUGGCGCUUGUGAAAAUUUCCAACUUGGCCGCGUUAAGGGGAUUAGACAACAUAAUCGAGGCUGGGAGUGGGAAGAUACCGUUGAUAGACAACCCUAUGGGGAAGAGCCUCGAUCCGAAGUUUUCGGAGCUGGUUGGGUUGGUGCUUGUGAGGGGGGUGGAUGAGUGGAGGGGGGAGCUGCAGUUGCUCACGCCGGUUGGGAUGGGAGGUGUGGAGAAGGGAGAGGGGAGGUUGGUGUUGGUGAUGGGGAAGUUUGAUACGCCCAGUUGGUGUUACAGUGAGGGGUUGGUUCCGUGGAUUCAGAGGUUGCAUGGGAGCCAGAACAGGGGGGCGGGGGGGAAGGUUUGGAGGGUUAGGAGGGAUUUGGGGAGGAGUUAG